AUGGCUGUCGACGGCUUUCAGGAGUGGAAGGUGGACAAGCCUUGGCUUGAGCUGAAGUGCGCACUCGGCGAGGGACCGUUCUACGAAAAGGAGACCAACACGCUGCGUCUGGUGGACAUCAAGAAGAAGCAGAUCCUCACCGUGUCUCUGAAUGACAGCGGAGACGCCUCCUCCUUGAAGACGAUCCAGCUGGACGUCUGCCCAACCGUCACGGCCGACAUCGAGGGAGUGGACCCCCAGGAGCGCAUCCUCAUCGGUGUCAAGCAUGGACUUGCGGUAUUGGACCGUCAGAAGGGAACAUAUGACCUGUUGACUCCGUUCAACGCACCAGAGCACAAUGACCGGAUUCGCUCCAACGACGGGGCGGCAGAUCCCCAUGGCAAGUUCUGGCUGGGGACCAUGACGGACUUUGGACGGGGAGGACCUCAACCUGAAGGCUUCCUUGCACGCUUUGAUUCGUGCAAUUCAAAAGAGGAGGUCCUGAGGGACCUGGUCAUCCCCAAUGGCAUCGGCUGGUCACCGGACAACAAGACCAUGUACUUUACGCACUCCCAGACGCGCGAGGUCUUCGCCUUUGACUACGCCCCCGAGACAGGGGCCGUCAGCAACAAGCGGCUGUGGUAUCGCCACGAGGGCCCGGGCGAGCCCGACGGGUUCCGCGUCGACGUGGAGGGCAACGUGUGGCACGCCGUGUGGGGGGAGGGAGCGGUACUCAAGAUCGACCCUCGGGGCAGGGUUAUCGGGAGGAUCGCGCUGCCGACGAGGAACAUCACCUGUGUGCAGUUUGUGGGUAUGGAGCUGCUCAUCACGUCAGCGUCGGACGAGGAUGCGGAUGCGGACGAGACGAGUAAGAGGUUUGGGGGGGAUCUGUUUAGAGUCGAUGUGGGGACUACGGGGUUGGAGUUGUUCAAGUUUAAGCUGUGA